AUGGUGGAAAACAGUUUAUUUGAAGAAACUAAUGUAUCACUAGAAGAAUGGAGUGAUGAAAAGUGCUAUAAAAUUGCUUUUCAAGAUAAUUUUCCAAGUAAAGUGAAAAAUAUAGAUAUACAAAAGAGUAUUGUAAGUAGAUUUCUCAAAUUUUAUUUAUCAGGUAAAGUCCAGAAAGGUCUUAGUGUCACUGAUAUUAUUUUUUCAACCAUUUCUAUUAUGCCUACAACAUGGAAUUCUGAAAAUGUACUAUGGCAUGAUUAUUUUUAUGAUGAAGAAGGUACUUUAUUUUUUGUGUCACCAGAAGAUAAAUUAACCACAGAAGUAAAAAAUAUUAUGAAGAAUAGAAACAAACUAACUAAUAUACAAUUAGAUGAUUGUCAAAGUGAAGAUAUUAUCAAUGAUUCAAUAACUUAUCAAUCUGAGGUCAAAUCACCAAAUUGCUCUGAAGAAAAAGUACCUGUAAAUGUUGAAAAGGAAUCAGUAUCACAAAAAUCGCAACUUGAUAAUUUGAGUGAUAGUGACAUGUCAAGAUCAAUAAAAAAAAUUACAUGGUUUAGCUCAAAAUCUGUUUAUUCACAGACAAAUAAAGCCAACAGCACAAAUUCUGAUACUAUUGCACCCGUGGAAAAUGCAGCAUUCUGUGCCUCUAUUAAUAAAUUAUUUAACAAAUGGGACAAUGACGAGUGUGCCAGAGCAUAUUUGAAAUAUUAUUUUGGAUUAACUGGUCUUAUUCUAAUGCGCACACUCAUUUUGCCUUAUCAUAAGGUGAUGUCAGCCUUUACAAAUAAUUUUUUCAGAUCUUUACAACAAAUAAUAUUCAAUAAUUAUUCAAUACCUGACAAAACCUGUGUUAAAAAGAGUUUCAAAACUUUUCGUAAAAUGGAUAAUAAGACCCAGAUAAUGUUUGCAAGACUAGUCAUACAAUCUAUUUUACUCGAUGGGCAUAGAGACCUUGAACAUUAUAUUAAAAAUGUAUUAAAGUUUGGUCUCAUGACACAUACUGCAAAUUUUAAGAUGGAUUUAAUUAAAAUGUUACAAGAAGUAGCAAUUCACACAUAUUCCUUUGAUAAGCUCUUUGAAAUGCUGAAUGUUGAAGAGCUAACAAAUUCGUGGGAAAGGUUCAACAAUUUUUUAAAGAAAUAUAUGUCAGAACACAAUUCCAAAACAAUUCACUGGGCAAGAGUUAUUGAAAGUAAUCAAUUCGAAUACCUAUCUUGUAGUAAUAACUUUGAAUUUGCUGUUGUAAUAGCAGUAUUAAUAGAAAAGUUUUCUGGUCAUUCGGGAAUAUGGAAUGCAAAAUGGGUUAAGAGUGGGAAUAACUUACAAGUUUACAAAGAGUUAGGGCUCAAAAUAUAUAAAAAAUAUAUGAAAAUGCAGUUUGUUGAUAUAAGUUGUAUAUUUUCUGUGGUAGUGACUCUGACA